GCUUCGACAGGAAGUGAACGCGCUCUCAUUUCCGCUGCAGCAGCUCCAACGGUCACGUCAAAAAAUAAAAUGUGGACGGAAUGACGGACUAAAAGCUGGGGAGAGAUCAUCCAGACCGACCCGCCAGCCGCUUUCUCUUCCGUAAGAAGUUGUUACCAAGCGGCUGCUUGUUUUCGAGGCUUCGGUCGGAACAUUUGGCGUGUUUUUAAGGGUCGUUUCGAGGUGAACGCGUCCCCUUGUUGUGUGCUGAAUUAGCCAGCGUUUAGCCCGCCCGCUGCUAGAGAUGGGGACGAGAGCGAGUCGCCUUCAAGACCCGGUUCCCUCUCCCUUCCCGAAAGAUGGCACAAAGCGGGAUUCCUAUCGCCGAACCCGGUGUACCAGGCCCACCAGCCUCGUCGUCGACUUCUCGGUGAGCUUCGAGGAAACGGAGGCCAACAGGAGCCGAUCUGAGGAAGGAAGCGACUCGGACUUGGGGCAGCAUGGAGGGGCGAGCGCCGACGGCAGCCCGGCCGACCACCGCAGCAUACCGUCCGGCAUUAGCCAGGCGUCUCCGGGUGACGACAACAACAGCGAGGGGAAACCCGAGGAGGACGGCGGCGUGAGCCCGGGGGCCCCCGCCGAAGCGGAACGCCAAGUCGGGGAGGAAACAGGCCGCACGCCACACCGCACUUUUUCAGAGAGGCUCCCCGGAAAUCGGCACUCUUCCGCCCGCAGCGUCGGAGCCAGGUCCGCCCGAGUUCGCGGCACACACCAGCGGCCGGUGUCGGAGGCUUGGAUCGGCCUUUACCGCGUUAACAACCGACAUGGCAGUAUUCGCUGCCCUUUCUGCUCAAAGCCUUUCCCAGGCGGUCGGAUCGAGGAUCACCUGUUAAGCUGCCUCACGUCUCCUCCGCUACCUUACAACACGGACGUGCUGAGCAAAGACAGCGGGGAGUGCUCGAUCUGUCUGGAGGAUCUGGUGCAGGGGGAGACCAUCGCCAGGCUGGCCUGCCUCUGCGUCUACCACAAAAGCUGCAUCGACUCCUGGUCCAAGGUGAAGCCCUGCUGCCCUGAGCAUCCCUUCGAUUGACUCGCAGGUCAGGCGGUUCCAGCCCAGCGACCAGAUCGACUCAGGAGACGACACCGAAUCCCAACGAAACCACAAUAAGAACAAAGAAUCGAACGAGCAAAAUUCCUAUUUCCUUAUCCGAUGUAAAAGGCCAGCAGGAUCUUCCUCUAUCGAUUUAAACUCGACCUGCCAAACGCCGACUUUGAAACCAGCUGCUUCGUCUAAUAACAAAGAUGUCUGUCUGUCUGUGGGUGAGUGGGUGUGUGUGUGUGUGUGUGUGUGUGUGGGGGGGACUUAUAUCACCCAGGGUCAUUUAAAUAUUAUCAUCCUAGAAAACCUUAUUAUCAAUUAUUUUUUCUUAAAAAAACAAAGAAAAACAAAGUAUUGUUGCAAGUCCUACAUGGGAUGAAUGUCUUCUUCUCUGCUUUCCCCCAAAAUUAACCAAAUCUUCAGCUGUUACGUUUAUUUCUGCUCUGACGCGAUGAGCACCUGUUUUUGGUGGAAAGGGGGGCUGCUGCUACUCUUUCUUUCUGUGUUUUGUUAUUUUCUCUGCUUUCUGUUACCUUUAAAGAUUUCAGGGGAAGUUUUGGGCCUUUGUGUUUUGUUUCUUUUAAAGUCGGCCAGUUUUGUGUCCUUGUUACCGUGAGGAUUGUUCAGGAAGGAUUCGACAGCAGCACCACGUUGGCGCCAGCUGGAGCACUUUUCUGUUGAUUCUCAUGCGAUCUGGAACGACAGUGAGCGACGGAGGGGAGAAUGUGUCCUGUGUUUGUUUGUAAAUACAUUAAAGUGAGUUUGUUUGUGUUGUAAACUUCGCAGAUGUCUGGUUGGUUGGUACUUUCUAUGAAUGCGGUUUCUUUUCUUUUUUUGUAAUAAUCUGGGUUUGUUUUUUUUUGCCAACGCCGGAUCGCGCCGGGACAAAUGGACGGACUUUUGGGGGCAUGUUUACGCCAUGUGGUAUCUGCCUCCUCUUCACAGCAUUGGGGGCUAUGGACAGCUUAUGGUUAAUAAUUACAUAAGCAGCAGGCGCCCCCUUCCUUUUCCACCCUGCCUUUUUAUUUUGAGCAUUUUUAGCUGACUUAUUGUCGUGAUUAUUGCUAAAUGUGUCAAGUGGAUUUCCUUUGUAUUUUUGUGCUGAUUUGCCUUUUUGGGGCUCUUAAAUUGAGCCAGCAGAACAAACAACUUGAUUUUUUUGGUUCGGUUUUAGAGCAAGGGUGCUCAAAGUAGGGAUCGGGGGCCACUUGCAGCUCCUGGAUUGAUUAUGUGUAGCCCUCAGACCAAAAUUUGAGAAUUAUAAUCUGUUACUUUUAAAUAGAAAUGUUAUAAAAAUGUUUCACUGCAACAAAAUAAAAAUCAUUUUGGUCUAGUUUCAAUCCCAUAAAAAUCAGAAUUCAUUCUUAUUGUAGAGUAGGUUUUUUAAAAAAAAUCAACAUUUUGGUGAUUUUGAUUUUAAUUAUAUUUUUGUUGUGGUGCGGUCACUUCUAUUGCUGACAAUUUUGGUGAAAAGAGUUGAAUUAGUUUCCUUUCUUUUCCUCCCUGGUUCACGGUUCUCUUCAGUCUGAGGUGCUACGACUCGCCCCACCACUAGUGGGCAGCGCUGCGCAUGUUUCUCUUUUUAUAUUAAAGCAUAAAAAUAUAUACUGGAGAAUUUAAAAAAUGUUGAAAGGAAGAAAAAUAAGAUGCCAAAAGUGAGUCUGUGCAUUGGGAGCGUUGUGUGAGCGUGUGCAGAGGCCGCGGUGGCGUUGUGUUCGUUGUACAGGUCAGUUAUGAUGUUGGAUACUUUGGCUGGGGGGGAUGGGGGUGUUUGUUUAUGCUCAUGGAGGUUGGAUUUAACCCCCCUAAAUUACUCUCAUUUACUCUGUUACCCUCUCUAAGCUGUGUGGUGCAAUACCUCAGUUUUUUAUUUCUUUACCAAUGCUAGCUAAAUGCUCUCUGUGUUCGCCAACCAAGGAUGGUGUGUAUUUUUCGUUUUUUUUUUUUUUAAAGGCGUCCCACAAAGAUUUGGUUCUGAAACACGGGGCUCCGUGUUUUUGAUGAGAAAGUUUUAAAAAUGGGUCACAACGGCUGAAUCUGCAUCCUCUGGAUAUGGACAAUCUGCCUCGACUCUGGUAUAAAAAAAAACAAAUUGAACUUUAUUUAUUGUUAUUAUUAUUAUUCAAUUGUAAAUAUGUAAUGCAAUUCAAGAAAAUGGCUUGGUCCUUGUCUGUUCAAUUAUACUGUUUCUAAGCUCUGAUCUUUUGUAUGUCUCAGAAGUUGUUUUUAUAUGUAUUUUUUACAAUAAAUAUGUGUGAGAGAAA